UAACAAAAGUAUCUUCGAACGCGUGGAAUUUCUACUGAAUAUAUACUUUGAGUUAAGAACGAUCAUUUUAAGAUCCUCAGUGCAGUGUGAUCAAGAAUAUUUUUCAGUUUCAGAUCUGGGAUUUCAGAGCAGCAGAAAACUGUAGUAAUAAACAAAACUCAUUCUUCUCUUUAGAAUUCCGAUAGAAUGCUGAAGUCUCGAAUACAGUACAAAACAUCCGAAUAAAAAUCUAAAAAUAUGAAGGUGCUGGGACCUGGAGUCUACAUAUUAAUAAUAUGCCUCGGCUGCAGCCAGGGGAACCCGAGAUUGAAAAUACCAGAAGAGUCUUUAGGACAGAGAUGGAAGAGGGAAGGAUUUUUUACUGAUAUCGAUGAUCCACUCAGCACUAUGCGACGCAGCUUUCAGGGUCUUACCAGUAAUAUUGGGCGUUCAAUGCACAACAUUAUGUCAUCUAUCAGCAACGGAAUGAGAAGCUUGCAAGCUGGGUUUUCCAACAGGAAUCCUAAAUAUAUUCCAUAUCCGUCCACACCUCCAGAAUAUCCACAGAAACCUGCUGUACACACACCACACUUCGAGUACAGUCAGCCUGAGCCAGCAUAUACUGCCCCGGAAUCGGUUUAUACCCCAGCAGAACCGGUUUAUUCACAGCCAGUUAUUGUGCCGUUCACUCCAAUUGAUGACAACUCCCUGGUGAUCUACAAUGAUGACCUGCCCAGCUACUCACCUGAGCAGCCCAGCUACAUUGUAGACCAACCAAUCUACACAGAUCCCCUGCCAAGCUACAACGAGGCGGAAGAGUACGGAGCUCCGGUAAAACCAGUUUUGGACCUGGCCAGCUAUACUGAGGAAGAGUAUGGUGCGCCAAUAAAACCGGUUCUUGACGCGGCAGAGUACAAUAAAGAGCAGGAACAGUAUGGUGCGCCAAUAAAACCGGUUCUUGACCUGGCAGGGUACACCGAGGAGAAGGAACAGUACGGCGCGCCAAUCCAGCCAGUUAUUACAGAAUAUACUCCGGUACAGCCAGUAAACACUCCCGUACACUCCUCUACUACGCAUGUACAGCAGCCCGUACAGUCCUCGACUACGCAUGUACAAGAUCCUGUGUACGACCCUGAAUACCAUACUAGAGAGGAGAUCUGUGCUCAUCUACAAUCUUUAAAAGAGGACUACCAUAGUUUCCCUGUUCAGCAUCCAGGGGGCUCUACCGGUAUAGAUCUUCAUAAGUUCGAGCAGAUUGGAGUCCAUGUUGAUGUAAAUAAAAGCAGUGCACCGGUACCCGACCAGUCCCACCCUGAGAAGUAUAUUAGUGUCGACUGUGAUCAUGUUCUUCAGGUUGUGGACAACAAUCUAUGGAGGAAGGAUUUGAAAGGAUAUUGGAAUAACCUUAAGAGCGUAAAUAAAGUUUACGAGAGUUGGAAACAUCAUAGCGCCUAACCUCUGUGUAUCUUUCUAUCUAUAGUGGUCGGCGUUCAUAUCAAUACAAUGGAGACUAUUUUUCUAUUCAAGCGUCGAUUUUAAUUCUUUUUUUAAAUUAAAAGAUUACAAGUUAACAAAGAGAAGCUGUUAAUUAACAAGUAAACGAAGAGAGGCUGUUAGUUAACAAGUUAACGAAGAGAGGCUGUUAAUUAACAAUUUAACAAACAGAACCUGUUAAUUAACAAGUUAACGAAGAGAAGCUGUUAAUUAACAAGUUAACAAAGAGAACCUGUUAAUUAACAAGUUAACAAAGAGAAACUGUUAGUUAACAACUUAACAAGUUAACAAAGAGAACCUGUUAAUUAACAAGUUAACAAAGAGAAUCUGUUAAUUAACAAGUUAACAAAGAGAACCUGUUAAUGAACAGCUUCUCUUUGUUUUAUUUUUAUGUAUUUCUAUGAAGUUUGAAAGCUUGGUAAAAAAUCAAAAUUGAAAUCGAAAGUCGACUUUAUUCUAUUGAUGUUUAUAACAACGACUUUAUCUACCUAUCUCAACAGUUUUAUGUGAAACAUAAUGUACUUAUUUAUCUAUUUAUUUAUUUAAC